CUGUUCUCAACGCUACGUUUUGUAUUUCAGCCCGACUACGCUCCUUGCCGCAUAGACAGCAGUCCUGCAAAUCCGACCCAGAUCACCUUGCUGGAACGUAUUAUCCGAACCCAUCCCGUCUGGUACCUACCUCACAUUAGCAGAAUGGCUGCCAUUCACUUGGUUCGCGGCAAAGAAGUUGGGAACUUCAUCGUGAGGCACUCGAGUCGAGUGAACGCCAUGGCGAUCACCGUCAAAUUGCCGCUGUCCAGCAAACAAGACGUCGAGCACUACUUGGUCGAAAGUACGGCAUUUGGCAUUCACCUUGAAGGCACCUCAAAAUACUUCAAAGCCUUGCCACUCCUGUUAUGCUACUACUGCGAAAGCGAUGGUGACUUGGGAUUUAAGAUCUGUCUUCCGUCGGCCAUCUUGGAGUGCAGAAGCAGACGCGAUUUGUAUUCGUAUGCUUUACUUGGCCAAGGUACAGUGCGCUGUGUGCUCUUUAUUAUUAUUUUGUUGGUAGUCUGUCACAGAAAUUUAGAAUUUUGGUCCGUUGGUCCCUGUUUGUGCAAGGACAUACCUCCUCCUUCGUGUGAUAAGUAUUCCUCGUUUUCGACGUCAUUCUACGAUGGAAGACGUAAAACGACCCAUUCACGGAACUUGUCGGUCCCUGCGAAGCGCGAAGCUUCGGAAGAAAGUCAAGAAGGUGAGUGUUGAUG